CUUAACAGUCAACUUCAUAUUAACAAUCAUUGGGAACAUAUAGACACAGCAUUCAGUAAAUUAAAGGGAAAAGAAGGUGUUAACGAACGAAUGAAUAAUAAAAAAUUGCAAGAGGUUGCAUCAGACUCAAGUCUUAAAAACAACCUAGACAGGUUGACAAUCGAAACAUUAAGAUCACUUUGUUCGGCAGAAGGUCUAUCUGAAACAGGAAACAAGAAAAACUUGGCAGAAUGUUUUGCUAUGAAGGUCACUAAUAAGAUUAAGGGAAAGGAAAUAAUGAACGUGGACGAUUCUUGGCAAAGUGACGAAGAUCGUUAUGUAAACCAGUAUGCAGACAACUUGAGGAAGGAUUUUUAG